AUGAGUCCGGCAGUGGCAAGGAGCACGCCACCUGUCACUCCAGCCCCUGCACAUGCGGCAACACCGGCAAUUCAUCAACAAGUUCAGGCUCUGAUAAGUAAUCAGAGCCAGCCGACCCGAGCCAACAGGACCACAACCCGCGAACGCAGGCGGCAGACUGCCAGUGCUGAGGACCAGCUUAUAGACAUUCUAACCAAUACCCCCUUCACGGUCCAGCCGCAGCAUGUGCCACAAGCAGAUGAGGGAGAGGUCUAUUUUGCCCUAAGCAUUGUGCCUCAACUUGUGAGCUUCUCCCCACAAGGCAGGGCAAUGGCACACAUGCGAAUACAGGUGGUCCUCAAUGAGGUGUUGGAAUGGGAAGCCAACAGGGGGCAACAGCAGCGCAGGGCUUAUGACCCAUACAGGCCAGGAGCACCUUUGCCCCACCAAACUGGGCAUCCUGAGAGCUACGGGGAGGAUCAGGACACCUCGUACCAUUCCCUAUAA